UAAUGAAACCGAAAGGUUUUUUACACAGAUAUAUAUUUGCUCUUUGGAUCAAGCAGAUCACUGACUUAAGGCACUUCCUCGGACAAGCCUAGAGUACAUUUUUUAAAGGAAAAUUUGCAUCAAGAUGUUUCCCGUGAAAGUAAUUCCAAAGUUCCCACCUCUGGACCAGAUGAUGGUUUGUGAUAAGAAGCUACAACCUGGGGACCUGAUAGAAAUCUUUCGUGGUGUAAUCAAUCAUUGGGCUGUAUACGUUGGGGAUGACUUUGUUGUUCACCUGACAACACCAAAUGGAUCCAGUGCAACAAUCAGCAGCAGCAGUGGCAGCAGCAGCGGGGCUAUGUCAAUUACAAAAGCUCUGGUGAAGUACGAAAAACUGAAAGCUGUUGUUGGAGAUUUCAAUUGGGGAAUCAACAAUUCAAUGGACCGUGAGCGCCAACCCCGGGACGCCGAGACCAUCGUGGAAGAAGCUCUCCAGCUGGUGGGCUCCGAGCCGCUGUACAAUUUAUUGUUGAAUAACUGUGAACACUUCGCUAAAGAGUUGCGCUACGGCAUAAGUCAAUCUAAACAGGCAGUUAUUGGAGCAAUCCAUUUGGUGUUGAUCCCUGUAGCUUUAGCUGCAGCUGGAGUUCCAGGUUUAGUAAUGUUAGGACUGGGUUGGUUGGUUUGGGUGGGUUUCGGCAAGAAAAAGGUUAAGGACAAGGACAAACUAAUGUCCAAACUAAAAGACCAUGGAUACGAGUAUCAGACCCGUCGCCAGACCUGAGUCUUAAGGGGGGCAUAUCAAAUGCAUAGGGGGGCACAAUUAUUAUUAGCCUAGAGUAUGUAUAUUUCCUCUAUUCGCGCAGCACAUAAUCAUCACGUUAAACAUAACCAACAGCAAUAUGACCCUAUAGCUAUAGCCUACAACAUCACAUCAUUCCUCAUCAUUUAAAGCAAUACAUUACAUAGAAGCAAUGCUAUGAAUAUAUAUCCAUAAAACACUGGACUAUACAACAUAUUAGGUGUAAAAGCAGUUAACAGAGAGAUAUGCAUUGCCAUUGGGAUAGGAUAGGAUAUAUUUAUUUGUCAUUGGACAGAAGUACAACGAAAUUCAGUGCACUCACGUACUGGUCUCAUUUAAAAAGGUAACAUAAUAAAUAGUAAAUAAAUAAAUAAAAUACAUUCAACAUUUCUUUCACUCACUACAUUCAUGUCGUCAUACACUAUACCGUUAACUUAGUGCCAUUGUAUGCCUAAAAAAAGAAAAAUAGUAAAAAAAUAGUAUGCCUUAAAAUAGUAGUACAAAUAUGUAAAGUGCUGAGCAUUGCAUUAGAA